UUAAUUCACUCUAAUAGGAUUACCUGACUCAAGCUGGGAUGCCCGGGCGGCAUCUCAGCCUGUGACACUCUUCUCAGCAAGUGAGGGGACACGCUAUUCGCGGCUAUGUUUAUUUUUUGCUUUCGCGAGACUUUGCACAUUUAAUUAGCAGUGAUCAGAUGGGCUGAUUGUGUUGUGGAGAAAACAUAAAUGGUGAAGCGGUAACUGGGGCUCAUGGGGCUGCUGGACAAACUGUCGGGCUGGCUCGGCCUGAAGAAGAAAGAGGUCAACGUCUUGUGUUUGGGACUGGACAACAGCGGCAAAACCACCAUCAUCAACCAACUGAAACCGGCCAAUCAUUCCAAUCAUUUAGGCCCAUUGUCAGAGGAGUGGAAACAUGUUAGUCAGGCGCAGGCACAAGACAUUGUCCCAACAAUUGGCUUCAACAUUGAAAAGUUCAAGAACUCAAGCCUGUCUUUCACAGUGUUUGAUAUGUCUGGCCAGAGCAGAUACAGAAACCUUUGGGAGCAUUACUACAAGGAAAGCCAUGCCAUCAUAUUUGUCAUCGACAGUGGAGACAAACUGAGAAUGGUUGUUGCUAAAGAGGAGCUGGACACUCUUCUCAGCCACGAAGAUAUCCGCGGCAGAAAGAUGCCAGUGUUGUUCUAUGCAAACAAGAUGGAUCUGCGGGACGCCGUGUCCUCGGUCAAGGUCUCACAGAUGCUGUGUUUGGAGAACAUCAGAGACAAACCCUGGCACAUCUGUGCCAGCAAUGCUAUCAGGGGAGAGGGCCUACAGGAAGGGCUGGACUGGCUGCAAGAGCAAAUUGCACAAUCAUAUCAAAACAAUGAGCACAUGAACGACUGAAGAGCUGUUGAGCGUGGACGCGUUGUGGACGUGGUGAACUCGAUCUCAUGGAGGACUCGUCACACUUGAUGUUGCAGGCCUUAAACGUCAAUGUCAAAUAGCCUAGUGCUUCCUGUUCGUGCUACCAUGUUUUAAAAAAUAUAAACAUGAAUGAGUAUGAUUUGUAUAUGACUACUCCAUUUAAAUAUAAAACUCUCUGUAGAACCUUCUUGUUACACAUCACUAAAACUGACGUGAAUACAGUAUGAAUAUGUUUUAAAUCCAAAAUAUCCUCCAUACCAUUUUCUUAUACGUACUAUUUAAACAUUUGUAUUUGAAACGGCUUAUUUUAUAUCCGAUGACAUGUGAUUUCAUAGACAUAUUUGUUUUUGUUUUUAAAUGUUAAGUGCUGAAUAUUGUACAACCUGGAGGAUGUUAACUUGUAUUAUUUGUGCUCGCUGUGUUUUUGUAAAUGAAGACAAUUUAGAACUGAAAAUAUCAAUUUAAUAAAUUACACAAAAACAA